UAUGUAUGUUUCCCUGACCUACAUUUUAUUUUUCAGGUUGCAACGGUUAACGUUGGGGAUUCGGUACGGUGCCUCAGACAAUGAGUGAAGCAAGCAGAAACAAGCGGUCUCCGCUUGGCCACAUGGUGGAGCAUCGCUGAAAGAAAUCCCGGUACAUUUUAACUCAUUGAUGUUACCGUUCACCGAAUUUGAAAACAUUACGAGAAAGAAAGAAAAGAAAGAAAGAAAAAAGAUGUAACACAGUCAAGGCUUCUCUAUCUUCUUUUAAGGGUCUUGUGUGUGUAUAUAUAUCUGUGUCUGCUUAAGAGAAUUUUCCUCUGCUGAUCCUGCAAUGCUUAGCCAGGCAGCUGAAGGAGAUCUGGAAGGAGCCUUACUGAGAUGACUGUGCCGAGCAUCAGCUCCAGUUGCAGUGGUGUUAACAGUGUCUGGUGCAGCAGUAAUGGCGGCGGCAGCAGCAACCACAGAUAUGGCCAAGAGCAUCAUCUGAGUCCCACUGGCCACCUAGUCACAGCCAUCUGCCUUGGCAUCAUUGGGAUUCUGGGUUUCCUAAAUAAUCUCCUGGUCCUGGUACUUUUCUGCCGAAACAAAGUGCUGCGGUCUCCGAUUAACUUGCUGCUGAUGAACAUUUCAGUGAGUGACCUGAUGGUGUGCAUUGUGGGUACCCCUUUCAGCUUUGCGGCCAGCACUCAGGGAAGAUGGCUCAUAGGGCCAGCCGGCUGCGUGUGGUAUGGCUUUGCCAACACCUUGUUUGGUACGGUGUCACUCAUAUCCCUGGCUGUGCUUUCGUAUGAACGCUAUUGCACCAUGAUGGGUACAACUGAAGCUGAUGCCACAAACUACAAGAAAGUAUGGCUGGGAAUCUUCGUGUCCUGGAUGUAUUCUUUAUUCUGGACCUUGCCACCACUUUUUGGAUGGAGUAGCUAUGGACCAGAAGGACCAGGCACAACAUGUUCAGUUAACUGGCAUUCACGGGAUGCUAACAAUGUAUCUUACAUAAUUUGCCUCUUCGUCUUUUGCCUUGUCCUUCCUUUUAUCAUUAUUGUUUACUGCUAUGGGAAGCUGCUGUGUGCCAUAAAGCAGGUGAGCGGAGUCACCAAAGGGAUGGCACAAACCAGAGAGCAACGGGUGCUGAUUAUGGUGGUUGUGAUGGUCAUCUGCUUUCUUCUCUGCUGGCUACCUUAUGGCAUCGUGGCCCUGAUAGCGACAUUUGGGAAGCCCGGCCUAGUUACCGCCUCUGCCAGCAUCAUUCCUUCCAUCCUUGCAAAGAGUAGCACGGUCUACAAUCCGGUCAUCUACAUAUUUUUGAACAAACAGUUUUACAGGUGCUUUUGCUCUCUCCUGAAAUGUGACAGGAAAACAGGCCUUUCCAGCAACAAAGGCUCCUUGAGGUCUACUCGAAUGUGCUGCACUGUCCCGAGACAGGACAAUAACUUCACGUUUGUUGCUGCUUCAGCCGGACAGCCGUCCUCAGAACACCCAGAAGCAACUGUCAACCUCCGGAAUCCGGAACCCACAGCCCCCAAUGGCCCCAAGGCAAAACAAACAGUGUUGCUUGUAGCUCAUUACAGUGCUUGAGUGGAAGCAAACUCUUUGCCCUUUCAGACUGAGAAGCAGGUAGAACUGAAGAGGAGCAGGACUUGGGGAGUGCCUAAUGAACAUAAAUUGGUGUCUGUCUCCGGGGCACAGACAGCAUGUUAUGUGUCCCUCAGAAAGGUAAUACUCGAUCUUCGAGGUACUGAAGUAUUAAUUCUGUGUUUGGAGAGUCCGAAUGCAGAAAAUAGUAUGGUAAACUCUUUCUUCUAGAGGAGAAAAUGCUCUAGAUUUUAACCAUGCUCAAAACACAGCAUUGGUGGUCAAUCUACAACAUAAGCAUGUGAACUGCCCCAAAGUCUUAUGUUGAAGGGUGGUAUAUAAAUCUAAUAAAAAAUAAUAAUAAUGUGCACGUACGCACAGCACAGGUAACCUUCUGGCUUUGCCUCUGGCAUCGUUCAGUCCCACUUUCUGCUCAAGAAUGCUGCCCACUUUCUAGCUAAGCAGAUUACAGGGAAAACCAUCUUAAGUCAUAUGGAGAUACCUGUAGGCAUUGUGCAUGGAGAGCCAUUAUGUCUUACUCUGAACUGGACUUUUGGCACUGCCGGCCUUGCCAAAACAGUUGGACACUGUUAAAGCAGAGGGACUGACGGUCUUGUGUCAUCUGUGACCACAUAAGUGGAAGUUUCAAUUUCACAUCGUGCAAUCAAGGUUCAUAUUGGAUAUGGGGAGAAGUUAAUUUCUCUUUUUGUUACUUACUAUAUUGCAACUACUAAUCAUCCCUCCCAGCAUGAACUAUCAGCAUUGGCCAGAGCACACAAUAAUUUCCCCCCAGACAGUUUUUAAUUAUAUUUCACCUCAAAACUACAAUAGAAUUUUGAAAGUGUUGCACACAGUGCUGGAUAUUUUGUGACUAAUUCAUAUCUAAGCUCAACAUACAGGGUUUGGGUUAAAAGUUUCUUUUUUUCUCUCUCAGCUGGCUAAUGCAAAAUAACUGAAACCCUAUAAUUCUGAUAAGAAAGUAGGUUAGGAAAUUUGAACAACUCCAAUUAAGAAAGGAGAAUUACAGAGUCAGCUUAAAGUAACAUUAAACAAGAAUGGUUUCAUAAAAACGUUUAUUUUCCCUAGGAAAGGACAGUACAUUUCAUUUCAUUUUCAUUUUUUACAUUUCCCCAGACCUGAGUGUAUAUAUGUAGAUACAACUAUCAAAUUCUUCAUGUGUACCAAAUGAAAAUCCUUACACUAAAAAUUAUACUAAAAUGGUUCAGUUUGCACAUUUGAAAGCAUAACCAACAAUGGUCAAAACUGAUGUGUCCUUACAAACAACAGAAACUUUCCUAACAAUUUACAUUCUCGGGUUUAUGAAUGUCAAAUUACUUCAAUCAGCAAUGGACAAUUGGUUGUAAUUCAACUGAAAUAAAAGCAGAACACAUGGCUAUCACUUGACUGGGGAAUAUUGGAUAUCUCCAGAAGACAGAAAGUGGAAUUAGACACAAAUAGAUUUCACUAUCUCUUUCAAGAUCCAUCGUGAGGUAAUGUACGUAAGGGUUGUAAUUGGUUUCUUAAGGUAAUGACAAAUUAAUGGUUACAUUAGAAUAAAAGGAGAAUGUUCUUUAGAAUGAAAGAAUAAUUUGGUUCUCUGAAUCAGUUAUUUAUUGAUAGUGUAUCCCGAAUACUCUUUAGGCUAAAGAAAUUAAAUAAUCAUAGAAGCUAUCAUUUAUUUAUUUAUUUAUAGCAGACAUUUUAUUUGUUGUAAAAAAUUCAAAAUCCCACAUGAAAACAAUCAUGCAUUGAAUUGGCAACGUCACCAUCCUAUUCCUCACAAUGGAUUCGUAUAUACAAUAACUACAUUGUUAUGUGUACUUGAAAAAUCCAAGGGUUCAAGGUUUUGGGAUACAGCGCUUACUCAGGUUUGGUUUUCUUUUGAAGGAGGUCACUGGAGUCUUACGGGGAUUUUAUACCUUAUAGGUGAAGGUACAGGAUUAAACCAUUCCAGCACUUAGUCCAUGAUCCAGUAUUCUCCCAUAAGAUAGUCUAGGGCAAGAGCAAAAACACUGAGAUUAAGGCAGAGCUCAACUGAGUGCUUCUUCAUCUGCUCCUGCUACACCAGCAGUUUCUUCACCAACAGUUUGAUGACAUGAUCUUUUCAGCAAUGAGGGGAAAGGAAGAUGUUCCCUUCCAGAAGUCUCUUGACAUUUUCUCCUCAUUUAAAGAAAAAUAGUCUAACAAUGACAGUCUGUGGGAGAAGCCCUAGUCUAUUUAAGAAUAGAAUGCAUCUGGAUGAAACCUGCCUUGUGGGUUUCAGGUCCAUCAAUUCUUUCUCCCCCAGAAUGAAUAAUUUUAGAGUUGAAAGGGACAAACCUCAGUCCCAUUAGCACUAGAUUAUGAGGAGCAUAACUUUAUAACAUUGAGUCUCGGUAUAAUAAAAGCCAAACAGAAAGGCUAAGAGAAUAUCAGAGAACAAAGAUGCAGUUGCUCACAAUCUGUGGAGUCCAUUGUCAAAGGAUGAUGGGACAGGCUUGUAUCCGAAGUAGCACUGAGUCUCUUGUUCCCUUAGCACAAAUAUUUUACUCUUGUGCAACAAAAUUUCUCCUCCUCCCACCAUGUGCCACAUAAAUAUGUGUUGGGUUCUCCAAACCCCCCAAACAGAUUUGGGGAGGACAGGGAAAGGAGAAUGGGAAGGGUUCCAUUGCACGAGCGUAAAUCUCUGUACUAAGGGGAACAAGUUCCUUGGAUCCCUCCCAUAGUCUGAAACUAAUAAUGGGCCUUGUAUGGCCCUAUUCGGGACACGGGUGGCGCUGUGGGUUAAACCACAGGGUCUAGGACUUGCCGAUCAGAAGGUCGGCGGUUCGAAUCCCUGCGACGGGGUGAGCUCCCAUUGCUAAGUCCCAACUCCUGCCAACCUAGCAGUUCGAAAGUACGUCAAAGUGCAAGUAGAUAAAUAGGUACCGCUCCGGCGGGAAGGUAAACGGCGUUUCCAUGCGCGGCUCUGGUUCGCCAGAAGCGGCUUAGUCAUGCUGGCCACAUGACCCGGAAGCUGUACCCCGGCUCCCUCAGCCAGUAAAGCGAGAUGAGCGCCGCAACCCCAGAGUCGGCCACGACUGGACCUAAUGGUCAGGGGUGCCUUUACCUUUACCUAUGGCCCUAUUCAGGCAUUCUUCCCCCUCUCCCCAUGUAAUUCCUUGUUGUCCCUUCUCCUUCUGUCAUAUCACCCACUUUAUCCCACAACUCUUCCCCUGUUGAGGUCUGGACUUCUGCAGAUGAGAUUGGGUAGUUCCCCCUCUCCUCCGGUAUAGAACUCUGGAAAAUCAGCAUUCUAAAUUUCCAAGGCACUGUUUAAAAAUCUCACAUGGAAUGUCAUAUAGAAUUAUAGAAGAGUUGGGACAAUGAGGGUCAUCUAGUCCAGUGUUUCCCAGCCUUGGGUCUCCAGCUGUUUUUGGACUACAACUCCCAUCAUCCCUAGCUAGCAAGACCAGUGGUCAGGGAUGAUGGGAACUGUAGUCGGAAAACAGUCCAACCACCUGCAAUGCAGGAAUCUUUUGUCCAAUGUGGGGCUCGAAUCCAUCAACCUGGAAUAAAACAUCUCAUGCUCUACCGACUGAGCUAUUUGAGGUAGCCAUGCAUCGUUGCGCUUAAUGAUAUCAUAUGGUUGGUUCUGCUUGUGUUUCAAAAGGCUAUUUUGUCCUUUUAAGGACUCCCUCUCCCUUUCCUCUUUGUGUUCUUUUGACUGAACUUUAUAAAUAAUUGGAUUCAUCAGUGUUGGAAAUCUAUUUCUAAAUAACCAUUGAAGAUAAUAUUCUUUGAUUUUACAUUUCUAGAAUGUCUGUAUUUUCUGUGAUUCCUCCCACCCCAUAUGUGAAUAUAUUUCAGCUUCAAGUGUAUUUCUCUAGGCUGCUUAAGAUGUUACAGAAUGGUAUUGUAUUUCUUGUUUUUGACAAGAAGCUAUUGUUUCAAAUUAUAUUCAUAGCCUCAAGUUUUGUUUUUAUUUUUUUAAAAACCUGUCAGCUGAGAUUUUUUUUUUUUACUUCACAGAGGAUGAAGGCAUAUCACACCUGCAGAACUGCCUUCAGAAAUGAGGUUGCUGUUCUAAGCACACUUACUAGGGAGUAAGUCCCACUGAACUUGGCAGGAUUUAUUUUGGAGUUAACAUGUAUAAAAUUCAGAAGUCGGCCACUCACCCAGGCACUGGAUGCAUUUUCAAAUGCAUCCAGUGAGUGGGGGGAAAUCUAGUUUUUGAAAAUAAGUGUGUAAGCCUUGAAGCGAUUUAGGAGCCUUGAACAAAAAUAUACCCUCAGCAGCAACAGCAGGAACCGUGGCAGAGCCAUGGAGUCACCCUCCUAUCAUCAGCAUUGAUACAACUUACCUGGAUGAGCUGAGGCAGAGUGGCAGGAAACCAGGGCUGCACAGAUGCCCCAAUGGAGCCAAUUUGCCACACCGCAUCAACCACCACUGACAUUUAGCACACAUUAAAUGAGUCCAGAGUUAGGCAUCCAUGGUGGUUCACACGUGCUGAGUGGGAUUUCGUUUUUCUUAAAAAACAGAAAAAAAACCUUGGUCUAUUAUCACAUGGUUUUGAAAGUUCCCCUUACAUGACAAUUGCCCCCCUCCCCAAAAAAUGGUUUGUGUUUGCUGAUAUUCCUUUCAGGGGAUAAAAAAACCCUCACACACAACUAAAACACCUCAUAUUUUGAAGGUGCCUGACAUGAAAGUCCCUACACCAAUUUGUCUGAAAUUUCACAGGUUUCAUUGCCAAAGAAGGGGUUAAUGUGCCAGCAAAUUUCAUUCAAUUCUUACAAAAAGAACCCCAACAAUAUUACAAGUGUUU